AUGGCUCCUUCUGCUACUCAAGCCGAUUUGAUUUCUGUUGAGCCUAUGAACGGGCUACAUUGCAAAAGUCAAUCGUCGACUGCAUCAAGGCUGAGCAGGCCGCUGACUUACUCGGGAAGCCUGGACUCAUAUCGACAAUUUGAUACAACCUCUAUCAUCGGGCGAGAAUUUCCUGAACUUCAGCUGAGCGAAAUACUGCAUGAUGAUACCAAGAUCCGGGACCUAGCUACACUUGUAUCCCAGCGUUGCGUUGUUUUCUUUCGGAACCAGGAUCUGAAUAUUGACGACCAGAAAAUCCUGGGCCAAAAGCUUGGCGAGCUCUCUGGAAAACCUGAGACUUCUAAGCUACACCGCGAUGCCCUGGCGAAUAGUAAGCGAGGACUUGCUAUCGAUGAAAAGGGGAGGCUGGAUGACGAGGUAUCAAUCAUUUCGUCCGAACAAGCCGGAAAGUACUUCAAAGAGCGGGUCACGCUUGCCACUAAGAAAAUUGCAAGUGUCGGCUGGCAUGCCGAUAUCUCUUUCGAGAAUAUUCCUUCGGACUAUGCCAUUCUGAAGAUGAUUCAACCCAACGAGGAUGCAGGUGGUGAUACAUUAUGGGCAUCCGGCUAUGAGGCCUACGAUCGUCUCUCGCCAGCUUUCCAAAGACUUGCUGAAGGGAUGACAGCUACACAUUACCAACCCGACUUUCUAGAGGUGAAGAACAAGUACGGUGAAGAACUUAUUGAUGACUACCGCGGUUCGCCCGAAAACACCGGGCUUGAGUUCAAAGCUGAGCACCCGGUGAUUCGAACGAAUCCUGUAACAGGAUGGAAAAGUCUUUUUGGUGCCUGUCAUCAGGUCAAAUUCGGCUGGUACAAUGAUGUGACACCAAGGGAAAGCGACAUUCUCAAGGCUUACUUCAAUCAGCUUAUCUACGAGAAUCACGAUCUCCAGGUGCGGUUCCGUUGGAACAAAAAUGACAUUGCAAUAUGGGACAAUCGCUCAACAUUCCAUACUGCCACACACGGGAAGCGGAAGGGUAACCGCGUUGUCUCUUUGGGCGAAAGGCCUUAUUUUGAUCCUGAGUCGGUCUCUCGCCGUCAAGCUCUGGGACAGGCAAUAAAGUGA